CGUCCUUGGGGCUCCAGAAGGAAACUCACCCCCGACUGCCCGCAGCUGAAGCGCGGCUCUUUGCACAGGUAGAUCCCAUAGGCAGAGGGGUCGCUGCGGGCAGGCAGGGGAAUGGCCAUGGCUGGACAAAUCACGUGGGGCCAUCUGUCGGGAGGAGGCGGGGCCACGGGUGAAUGACAGGAGCGGAGCCGGACCUCUCAAGGCCUUUGAUGGGGCGGUUUCUGGGUCGCAAGGGAUUGUGGGUAACGAUUCCAACAACCUUUGGGGUGGACUAGACCAGGUUCUCUGCUGAUCCAUUGAGCCUGCCCUAACGCAUUGACCUGUGACCAACUGCCCUGGGAUCCUUCCUCACCCACUGCCCUCCCUUCAGUGAGGGGGCUCCCACGGCGCUGCCUGGGAGGGAGUGGGAAAGGUAAUGCCGCCAAUUGUCUGUGGGAUGUGGCAGGAAACUGGAGCGCACAGGGCAAACCCAUGUGGUCACAGGGAGAACCUGCAAACCCCACUCAGACAGCGCCCGAGGUCGGGAUCAAACCCGGCUGUCGGGAGAUGGGGGAUCUACCAACCAUGGCAAGUCCACCCAUUCCAACCACAUGAGGCCAUUCCUCCCAACGUGAGGCCAUUCUGGUUCUCCAGCCUUCCCGUCCUGUAGUUGUGAUGUGACGUUGGCUGUGGGGGAAGGUUUCUCUCCCUCUCACGUGUUUCGAUUCACCGGGACCUGCUCUCCCUCGGCCUUUCACCCAAGGAGGGAGGGAGCCCUGCGGAGGACCUCCACCUCCGCUCCGUGUGCAGGCUGGGCUUCAGCCGAGGCCAAGAGGCACAUGACCAGCCACGCCAAGUAGGACCACUACGAGUGCAAUGUGUGCAGCAAGUCCGGGCUCUACCCGUACCUGCUGGAGAUCCACCGGUGGGUCCACACAGGGGAAAAGCCAUUUGACUGUUCCGUCUGCUGCAAGGGCUUCACCCAAUCAUCCGGCCUCCUCGAGCACCAGUGCACCCACACCAGGGAGAAGCCGUUCGAAUGUCCCAUCUACGGGAAGGGAUUCUCCCAGUCCUUGGGCCUCCUUCAGUACCAGUGCACCCACACCGGGGAGAAGCCCUUCACCUGCUCCCUCUGUGGGAAGGGCUUCACCCAGCUGUCCCACUCCUGCAGCACCGGCGGGUCCACACCAGCGAGCGGCCCUUCAUCUGCCCGAGUGCGGCAAGGGCUUCACCUGCUGGAGCACCAGGCCGUCCACACCAGAGAGAGGCCCUUCUCCUGCCCCAACUGCGGAGAAAGCUGCUGACCAACUGCAGGGAUCCUUCAACUUGUACACCGAGGCCUCUCUGUUCCUCAAUACUCCCCACCAUCACCUCUCAGUAAUCAAGAAGGGUGCCAGAAAGGGUGUCAGUGAUCCGGGAAUCGGAAGGUCUCCCUCCUACGUCGUCUCCUCAGCCUUCACCUGACCUCCCCUCCCAUCCCCACACUGGGUAGCGUGCGGCGUCGGAAAUCGUCCAGUGGUUUCAAUGUCAAGUGCUCUGGCGUUUCAACCCGCGACGCGCCGCCCCGAUUCGAGUCGCAGGACCUCGCUCCGCCGUGACGCGUCUCCAACGUGUUCCCGGUGAGGGGAUCAGACGGUGGCAGAUGGAAACAAGGACUUUCACCUUUCUUGAUCGAUGCAAAAUUGUAUUCCAUUUUAAUAAAUGUCUUUUUUCCCCAAUAGAUAGGCCCCAAAUAAUCAGUGUUAUCCCAUGAUAAGCUAACCUACAUAAAGCAAA